GGAAGGCUCCCUCACCGAUUCGUUGCGUCCUCGGUCGUUGGGAUUAUCGAUUGAAAUCCAUGGAAUAUGCCAAUGUGUUUGAUCAACAGACCGAGCCAUGCAUGUUCUUGGUAGUGAAGGACUCUAGUACUUAAGGCGUGAAUUUAAUAAUAUGUGGACCAACCGAGUAUCCUACGCGUUGUUGCUUCCAUACCCGUCACCUUCAUCUCACAUCUUUUUAAGAAUUACUUUGCUCUAGUCAAAAGUCUACAAACUCUCGCUAGAACAUGGCUCCUUCAGCAAUCGAGGUUGAGCGUCCUGUUGAUGUUUCUACUAUUCCCAGUGUGAAGAAGAUUCUCAGCGACGGUCGCCUCACUGCUGCUCAUAUCAAACCUAUUUACGGCGACUUCCGAGAUGACCUCGUAAGGAACGGAUAUGCUGUUGUGAAGGGCGCUGUACCUAGAGAUCGCGCAGACGGCUACGGAAGAGCCUUCUACGAUUUUCUCGAAAGCUUCAACCUUGGGUUCGAUCGAAACGACUCAAGCACUAUCAAGAGAGCCAACCUACCAGUUAUCAACGAGAAGGGCAUGGUUCUGGACUAUGCUGCCCCACAUGAGAACUUUGUAUGGCAGAUUCGCUCUGAGCCAGGAGUCAUAGAGACAUUCGAGAAGGUUCAUGGCACACAGGAUCUUAUUGUGUCAUUUGACGCCAUUAACAUUGGUUUCCACGACCGUUCCGACUUUCCUGCUAACAAGCCAUGGCCACAUCAGGAUCAAGACCCUGCCAAGCCCGGAUUUCGAUGCCUUCAAGGUCUUGUGAACCUCCAACCUUGUGGGCCAAAUGAUGGAGGUCUCAUCGUAUGCAAAGGCGGCCAUCUUAUCAGUGAGGAUUUCCACAGAGACAUGGCUGAUGAGCCUCGCAUUCCAGCCUGGACACCCGAAUGGUACGGCUUUACAGACAAUGGCAUGAAGUGGCUUAAGGACCACGGGCUGGAGUGGAUCAAAGUGUGCGCAGAACCGGGUGAUCUCAUCCUUUGGGACUCACGAACUCCUCAUUACAAUGUUCCCACAACAUCCAAGCAAGAUCGCAUGGCAAUCUACACGUGCUACAUGCCUGUUUCGGAGGCAACACAAGAGGAUUUGAUCCGCAAGAAGCAGGCAUUUGAAGGUAAUUGCCACGUAUUUCUACAUCAACAGGUUACUAACAAUGGUGUAGAGCGCCUGGGCACUACUCAUUGGCCAAAUGCUCGCCACUUGGGAACCAAUAUCGCAAAGCGAAACGGUGCUGAUUGCCCACACAAUCGCUCACGUCCAUCAGUAGAACCCCAAUUGACUGAGAGAGCUUUCAGACUGACAGGAAUUCCGUACAUCGAUGUAUAGGAUGAAUUUUGAGAGAUCAUUUGGUCGUAUUUCAAUGUAUCUUUACCCAAGAAUACUUCUUCUGCUUGACCAAACUCAUUCUAUAAUUCGAGGCAAUUCAUGAAACGAUGCUUAGAGAAGAAUUAAAUGACACUUCAUCUCGUUCCAAAUGAUCGCAACCCGUUCUCUGUAAUCAAAAACAAAAACUGUCCUUAGAGGUUUUACUCUUUAGAGGCUGUUGUAAAUGUGUGAAACAUGGGCUGGCAACUUCAAAGAGCGAAAUAGUAACAGGGCUACACGCUAAUUCGGGGAACAAAUUGGCCGGACACUGUAGACAAAAUUUGACACGACAGAAAAACUUGGGAAAUGUGUCUUCAAGGAGUCUGAGGAAUGACCGUGUAUUCUGAGAUAGUGUCA